AUGGCCACCCCGGCUCAAUGCUACUACUGUUUCGAGACCCUUGCUGCCUCCUAUAGGCGCAGAGAACCAAUCAGCCUUGCGUCUGUGGAAGAGCUCUGGGAACGACACGAACAAUAUAAGAAGCUCGCCGCGUUAGAUGAGGAUGACGAUUCGCAAUUCGUAGACGAUGACGAGAACACCGCGCCACUUUCUGGGAAAAGCAGUCGCUCCCAGAAAAUCAAAGUACCCCGAGUCAGCCGACUUCAGUCUGGCUCGAGCUCCUCUACAACUCAAUCUCUCGCGUCUACCAACUCAUCGCAGUCUGUCCUGUCAAGCUCAACCUCAGUCACGACACCCAGUUCCUCGUCAGACACGGCCAGUGGCAAGCCGAGAGAGGACAAAUAUCCUCUAUUUGUAACAUGGAAUACUGUUUCGAAACACGGCCACAAAUCGCUCCGGGGCUGCAUUGGCACAUUUGAGGCGCAGGAGCUUGCCGAGGGCCUGAAAUCCUACGCGCUCACAUCCGCGUUUGAUGACACUCGGUUUUCCCCCAUUCCAGAGUCUCUUCUGCCAUCUCUCUCUUGCUCAUUGACGCUGCUCGGGUCUUUCGAGCCAUGCACCAACGCUCUGGACUGGAUCCUCGGGGUGCAUGGCCUUCGCAUCUCCUUCAUUCAUCGCGGCAGACGCUAUGGCGCAACCUACCUCCCUGAUGUCGCGGUCGAGCAGGGAUGGACUAAAGAAGAGACCGUCAACAGCCUGAUGCACAAAGCAGGCUGGGAUGGGCCCUCCGAGAGCGUGGCGAGACGGUUUUUGCGAGGCAGCAGCAAUGCUGGUCAUGGCGCUGCCGCCGCAACCAAGCCAUGGGAGCAGGUCUCCGAUUUUCGAGCUGUCAAGUACCAGGGCCUCAAGGCCAGCAGCAGCUACGCGGAAUGGCAAGAAUGGCGCCAAUGGGUCCUCUCGCUAGACGAUGGGAGCCAACAGCUAUUGAGUUGA